GCAGGAAGCAGUUUUAAUUUGGCUCUGGAAUGAAACCUGUCCAGCUUCGAUCUAUCAGCGAUCGAUCACCUUUCAGAUUGAGUUCAUCGUCGCGCGCUGACUGACGUUUAACGGCCAACCGGGAAGGACGUAAGGAAAGGAGGAAAGGAAAGCAGGCGAGUGGACUUUAAGGGAGAGAAAAAUCGAGACAGAUCACGAGAAAAAAGAGAUGGAGAGCAAAGAGAAGACACCCGCAGAGCCGCAGUUGAAGGGUAUUGUGACGCGUCUCUUCAGUGAGCAGGGCUUCUUCCUGCAGAUGCAGCCUGAUGGAACCAUCAGCGGCAGCAAAGACGAGAACAGCGACUACAACUGUCUGUGUGUGUGUGUCUGUUGUCCUGCAGCUCUGUUUAACCUGAUCCCAGUGGGGCUGAGGGUGGUUGCCAUCCAGGGUGUGAAGGCGGCUCUCUACGUGGCCAUGAACGCUGAGGGAUUCCUCUACACCUCCGACAUCUUCACAGCAGAGUGCAAGUUCAAGGAGUCGGUGUUCGAGAACUAUUACGUCAUCUACUCGUCCACGCUGUACCGGCAGCACGAGUCCGGCCGGGCCUGGUUCCUGGGACUCAACAAGGAAGGAGUCAUCAUGAAGGGAAACCGGGUGAAGAAAACCAAACCCUGCUCACACUUUGUCCCCAGACCCAUCGAAGUGUGUAUGUACAAGGAGCCGUCGCUGCACGAACUCGAGGAGAAGCUCCUGAAAUCAUCACGGAGUCCAACCAUCAACAGUGAGAAGAGAGUGAGAGAUUUGAAGCAGCAGGAUGAGCCAGAGGAUGACACCACAGAGCGAGAUGGCUCAUAGCCUGCAGUGCCCCCUGGAGGUCCGGAGGAGGAGAACUCCCAUUUUGACACUCCGUCUGUUCAUCAGGAACCACGACAACCGCACCGACCACAACAGCGACAAAGGCAAAAAAACAAAAAUCAAUCAGUCACAGGAAAAAAAUUGCUUAUGUUGCUUAUGAUGAAAUAUUUUAGAAAAAAAUGUUAAGAGGUCAGGGGGAGGAGUUUAUUUUUAAAAGUCAGGACGAUGAUGAUGAUGAUACACAUUUUAUGCAAAAAGACACGCUGGCAGCGUGCCAGGAGGCGCGCACGUCUGCUCUUCAUCAGAUCGCAGUCAUCAUCACUGUCACCAUGACAAUGGCGAGUCGAUCCAGCGCUCAGAACUCAGAAGCUUUAAGCCAUGUAGAAACUGCUGCACUUUGGACACGCCCCCUGCUUCGUCUGCAUGUUGUCCCAUCUAAUCAUAGAGAAGACGUUCUGGUUCUGGUUUGGGGCCGGUCUUGGGGUUUGUUGCAAACAUUGCCGAUAAAAAGAAGGGAAACUGGACCGGUUCUGAAAAACGUCUGCUGGACUCAGGUGACCGUUGUUGUUCCUGUUUUACUCCUUCAGAUUUAAAGUGACAGGAAGUGGAUCAGAACCAAACCUUUCAAAACAAAAUAAAAAUGCUGUUUGGAGCUU